AUGUCGGCGAUUCAGGUAGAAAUCCAGCGUGCCCAUGGUUUUGUGCCACUUCUUGUGGUGCUUGUGCUGUUCGUGAAUCUCUGGGCUAGUCAUAAGGUGGGCAAGGCUCGUAGACUAUACGGCAUCCAUUAUCCGCAGAUGUAUGCAGAGCAGAGUGACAAGAAUGCCAAGGCAUUUAACUGCGUACAACGUGGUCAUCAAAAUUUUUUGGAAAAUAUUCCGCUCUUUUUCGCGUUGAAUCUGACAUCGUCAGUUUAUCGCCCCGAGAUCGCGGCUAUCGCUGCCUUUGUGCGAAUCCUUGGAUUUAUCGUGUACAUGCGCGGUUAUUCGUCUGGAGAUCCGAAGAAAAGAUUGCAGGGUUUAUUUGGUUACAUCGGUCUUCUUGUUAUGGUUGGUUUGAGUGUGGAAGCAAGCCUUCGCAUGUUUGGACUAGUAUAA